AUGGAGUGCCGAACAAAUCGUUGCAGAAUCAAAACUCCUGAGCCAAUCUGUAAUUGUCAACCGCACGAAAUCUGUCACCAUGGCCAGUGCUAUCCAAACUCGCAGUGUACAUCAAUUUAUUGUGGCAAGGGAUCGUACUGUGUUGACGGCAAAUGCGUGAACGGAGUAGGCGUUGAUUGUCGUGAAGAAAACUGCCGUGGCGGAACUGUCUGCGUGAACGGAGUUUGUGUAUUGGAUCCAUGUCCGGCAAGGUGA